AUGUUUUACAGUCACGAAAUUCUCACAUCGCGUAAAUAUGGUGUGGCGACUGUGUGGCUCGUUGCAACCCUUGGUGCCAAAUCAAGCCUGAAGCGCAUCAACCGCAAGCAAAUUCUUGAUGUCGACGUAUCCAAAGCAUGCCAAACCAUCAUCGAUCCAGUAGCCCCUCUCGCUCUACGUCUACAGGGAAACCUGUUAUAUGGACUAUCGCGAGUGUACCUACAACAGUGCGGAUAUAUUCUUUCGGACGCACAGAAUGCUCAACUUGCUCUGAGAAUGGCCUUACGGACAGUUCAGAGUACCGAGCUCGAUCCUACUGCCGGCAAAGCCAAUCCAGAGCAACUCAUUCUCCAAGAUGAUCCCUCUUUCCUUCCCGAUUUUGCUCCUCCUCCACCAGAACUACUCGCCGAUCUAGACUGCAACUUCAACCUCGAUAUAACAUACUCUGGCGAGUCCCAGUCUCUAACACCGUUUGGCUCUCAGCAGUAUUCAUCUACUUCCCACGUUGGUAGUGCAGGUGCCCUCAUUCUCCCUACUUCGUCUCCCAUCACUUCGGGCGGAUUUAGACUCGAAGGCGACUAUGGAACAGGCAGUAUUGGCCAACAUAGUGCCAUGCUUGGAGCCGGCGACACAAUCGAAAUCGAAGAUCCGGAUUUUGAAUUCGGGGAUGAUGGCGAGAUCAUUCAGCUGUCGCCAGGUACUAUAUCGCUGAGAACCCCGGCUACAUCUGCACGUGCGCCCAGGUCUGGGGAUGUUGUACAGAGUGACAGGGUGAGAAAGGAACUUGACCCAGGACAGCGCGCUCUCGAUCAGUUGCCAAAUGAUGAGAUGCAUAUUGCGCUUCCCAGCGAAGAAAACAGUCUUCCCGAAGGCGGCGCUUAUUCCUCAGGUAGUUCGCAGCAGUCUCAACAGUCUUCAGAAGUGGUAGAAUCGUCAGAAACCUUUACUGCUCCUAUGCGACGAAAUCGAGUUCCACGCGCCAUUCCUGCAGAUACAGCAACUGAACUUCGUAACAAGGACCUGAUAUACUGGGGCGCAAACUAUCUCAACAACAUGAAGACUGCUACUCAACAAAAGAUUCACAAUCGUGCCUUGACACAAGCAAAAAAAAAUGCUGAGCAUUAUGUAUGGGGGUCUGGAUUAGGUGGUAUUGGCCAACGUAUUCCUAGAUGCGAAGGUUAUAAUCCAUUCGAUAUGUUCAUGGGCGAAAAGUUAUUCGAGGCUAUAACGGGCAUGAGUCGUAAAGUAACUGGACGCAAGCAUGAUCGCGAUAGCGGUAUCGACGAUGCUAUGCAAGAGCAGGCACGUCAUAUACGCCAGAAGAUUGUCGAGCCUGAGGUUGCUCGAGGUGCCGACGAUGAAGGAUUCUCUAUGCCUCUUGGAGACGACGAAGCUGCAGUCGAACUGCCUCGUGAAGUGGCACCUGCUCUUGAUGAUCAACACGUCUUUUCUGCAAUGCCGUGGAACAUGAGUGCUUCUGCUAGAAGUUCAUCAGCCAUUCCUCGCAGUAGGCGCAUCGGCAUGACUGGUUCAGCCGACCACGGAAGAUAUGGAAGUCGCCUAGUAUCUGCCUCUCCACUGCAUAGACGAGGCCAGUCUAUUCCGUUCGAUUUGAAUAACCUUACAAGCGACGCAGAUUAUGUGGGCGACGAGUUUGGGCUUCCAGGACUAAGCUCAGAUUUUCCUGGGGUGGCAGCUCUUCUGGAUACCAACUCUCAGCCACUUAAAGUACUUUCCAUCGAAGGCGAAAACUUCAUCACCUACAUACGCGAGAAGAUGAAAGAAAAGGGAGGUCGUGCGCAGAUAGAGACAGGAGUUGCGAACGAUGCUGGAGAAAUCACCUUCGAAGAGCUACUUCCGCCUGCGGAGAAUACAAAGAUGGUUGCUUGCCACGGCCUCAUGAUGGUUCUCACACUGGGCACAAGAGGUUUUCUCGAAAUAAAGCAGUCCGAGCACCUUGGCAAUAUUCAUCUUCGCUUGUCCGAGAAAGCCAAGGCGCUGGAAAUCAUUGAGAUCAGCGAUGGCGAAGCGUCGGAUAGCGGCAGUGAAGAGGAAGAAGGAAAUUUCCAGGAACAAUUUGCUGCUGGACAUGCUGCCCAGGUGAACGAUGAACAUGAGUCUCUCUAUGAUGAUUGAUGGGCUAAGGUUACG